AUGGUCUUCUAUCCCAUGAAAUGGGUGCCUCCGCUCCCUGAAAUUCCAGACACCGUGCCCAUCUGCGACUUCAUGCUCGACGAGAAAUACGGCCGGUGCUCAUUCGCCGACUCCAAGGAAGCAUACACCUGCGGGCUGACGGGAAAGAGCCUUUCAGCACGGCAAGCAAAGGAGGAUGUCGACAGCCUGUCUCGCGCGUUGGCCAAGGAGUUUGGCUGGGGGGUGAACCAGGGCACGGAAUAUGACAAAGUCGUGGGCAUCUUCGCCCUUAAUACGAUAGACAUCAUGACGCUCAACUGGGCCAUCCACCGAAACAACGGCAUCUCCGCCCCCGCCAACGCCGCCUUCAACGCCGACGAGCUGAGCUACCAACUCACCAAUUCCGGCUCCAGGGUCCUCUUCACCGUGAUGCCGUUGCUGCAGACCGCCCUGGACGCCGCGGCCAAGUCCAACAUCCCCAGAAAACAUAUCUACGUCUGUGAAAUGCCCAACGACCCUCCCAUCCCCAAGGAGUUCAAGACCUUGUCUCAACUGAUCAAGGAAGGCCAAUCCCUGCCACCGCUGGAGCCAAUCAGAUGGGAGAAGGGUCAGGGGGCACGGCAGACCGCAUUCUUGUGCUACUCCAGUGGGACCUCGGGGCUCCCGAAAGGUGUCAUGAUUUCCCAUCAGAACGUCAUCGCCAACACCGUCCAGAUCUCCGUGUACGAGAAGCCGUCCCGUGAUGCCAUUGCCCCCAACUAUCGCGAGGUGGCGCUGGGUCUGCUCCCUCAGUCGCAUAUCUACGGGUUGAUCGUCAUCUGCCACGCUUCGACCUACCGCGGCGACCAAGUCAUCAUUCUUCCCAAGUUCGACCUGAACCACUACCUCGCCGGGAUCCAGAAUUUUAAAAUCAACACCCUCUACAUCGUGCCGCCCAUCAUCAUCGCCAUGGUCAAAAAUCGGGAUCUGACCAGCAAAUACGACCUGUCCAGCGUGAAUUGCAUCUUCACCGGCGCCGCCCCGCUGGGUAAAGAAACCGCCGAGGAACUGGCCGCCCAGUUUCCCGCGUGGAAGGUUCGACAGGGCUACGGGCUGACAGAGACGUGUACCGUCGUGUGCUCGACCUCUCCGAACGAUAUCUGGUUUGGCUCCUCAGGUUGUCUGAUUCCUGGAUAUGAGGCCAAGGUCAUGAGCGUGGAGGGGAACGAAAUCACCGGAUACAAUCAACCUGGUGAAUUGCUCGUCAAAUCUCCCAGCGUCGUGCUUGGGUACCUGAAGAACCAAAAGGCCACGAUGGAAACGUUUGUGGACAUGCCUGAAGGCAGAUUCAUGCGGACCGGAGACGAGGUCGAGUUCAGGGUGUCGCCCAAGGGCAACGAGCAUAUCUGGGUCGUGGACCGUAUAAAGGAGCUGAUCAAGGUCAAGGGUCUCCAAGUCGCGCCCGCCGAGCUCGAGGCGUGCCUGCUCAAUCACCCCGCGGUGGCCGACUGCGCCGUGAUCCCCGUCCCCGACGACCGCGCGGGCGAAGUGCCCAAAGCCUUUGUCGUCAAGGCCAAGUCGGUGGGCCUGGAGGAAAGCGACGCCCUCCUCAAGCGCGAUAUCAAGAAGCACGUCGAAAAGGAGAAGGCCCGCCACAAGUGGCUCGCCGGCGGCGUCGAGUUCAUCGACGUCAUCCCCAAGAGCGCCAGCGGCAAGAUCCUCCGGCGGCUACUGCGGGACCGAGAGCGGGAGGCGAGACGGAAGGCUUCGGCCAAGCUAUAA